GUUUCGGAACAUAUUGUGACGACUUACCGGACAAUUCGGAUCGAAUUUUUUACAGGAAAGUUUUUACAGUGUAUAAGAGUAUCGAUGUAAGUUAAGAAAAACCGACCAUGUUCGGAUCGAGGCGUUUAGCGAAGCGAUCUAUCGUAGGAACCAAAGUCUCUGCACUUUAUCAAGAUGGCCGAUAUUACACUGGAGUUAUUCAGUCGCAGAUUUCAGAAGAUCCCAGACAAACUUUACAGCUUUUCUCAGUGAAAUUCGAGGAUGGAUCGGUCAAAUCUGUGACCGCCAACAACAUCAUAGGACAAGGGUUCGAAUCGGUCCAGAACAAGAACCUACGAACAGGACAAAAAGUGUACAUUACUCUGAAUGGACGCGAGGUGAGCGGGACAGUUUUAGUUCACGACGGAGUCUCUGAUGAAGUUCUCAUCAGCCUAGAGCAAGUUCCCGGCGAAUCUAAGCAAAUCCUUCGUAUGAUUGACGAAAUUCGUUUACUGGAGAGCAGAAAAUCAGCAAGAUUAUCUGACCAAGAUACAGACUACUCCAAACUGGCCGAUUUUAACACGGACUCCAAGAGGCGAACUGUGUCGCAUUUCAUCGACGUCCCUUCACAAAAACAGCGACACCGUGACAGAGUGGAGAUCGACGAUCUGGAUGACCUGGAUGUCGAGAUGGAAGACGAAUCAAUAGCGGUGGCAGCCCUCACCAAUCUGUCCUGCAGCCCGGCUUCACCACUUUUCCCUGCUUCAUUUAAUGACAGAGAAGUGCUCCCAAUAGGAUCCCAUUCAUACAGAGAAAGCGGGCAUCUCUCAAGUUCUGUAGCAAGCAGUGGCUUCUACAGUGGACUUUCAGAAGGCAACGACCGUUCCCCACCGUUCAAGACCCACUUCAGUGAGAGUGCUCCCGACAGAGUCUUCUUUGAGGCUUCACCCACCGAUGAUUGUUUGGAUCUCGAGGAAGAUGUCAAACAUUUCUAUGACGACGAUGUACCUAAAGACCAAAAGUCCAAACAGGGCGGUACCCUUGGAAAAUUGCUUGGGCGUUAA